AUGCCGAAACGCAAGAAUCCCGUAAAAGCAAAAGCAAAAGACCAAGAACAAGACCAAGAACAAAACGACUUCACCGCCGACAAUCCCAACCAUUCUGGUCUGAAAGAUCCCACACUCGACUCUGACAUUUCCGUCUCCGCCAACAACAAUAAGCAAGACACAGAAGACGCUGAGGAGGAGGAGAAUUUUUCGCAUUUCACGAUCCCGUUCGACGGGAAGCAACAGAUUGUCUGCGAGAGACGUGGCGGCGGUCGCGAGACGAAGGAUUGGGAUCAUGAGUUUCCAUCUCUCAUCUUCACGCACGGCGCCGGUGGAGGAAUCGCGAACGCGGCGACGAGGGAUUUCGCCGUGGGGUUUGCGAGGGUGGGGAUGGGGGAUGUGGUGUGUUACCAGGGGACGAUGAAUUUACGCCAUCGGGUGAGGGGGUUUGAAGCCGUGAUUGAAAACUGCUUGGAGGGGAGGGAGGGGACGGGGAAGAAAGUGGCGAUCGGGGGACGGAGUAUGGGUGCUCGCGCGGCGGUGUUGACGGCGUUGGGGGAGAAGAAGAGGGAAGCCGUGGAGGCUUUGAUCUUGGUCUCGUGGCCUUUGUUGACGGGCAAGGGGGAGCGGGAACUGGAGCGGAGAGAGCAGAUCCUGCUGGAUCUUCCGGAGGAGAUGGAUGUUCUGUUUAUUCUGGGGUCGGAGGAUAGGCAGUGUCCUCUGGAGCAGUUUAUGGAAGUGAGGCAGAAGAUGAGGGCGAGGAGUUGGGUGGUGGAGGUUAAAGGUGCGGAUCAUGGGAUGAGUGUGAAGCGGAAGGAAGGUGUGCAGGCCGUUAGGCGGGAGACUGGAGCGUUGGCUGCGAGGUGGUUGAGUGCGAGGAAAGAGCGCAGUUUGGGGGAGUAUUGCGAGAUCGAGUUUGAUGGAGAUGAGGGCGAGGUAAGGGUCGAUGGGUGGGAGAAGGAGACGGGCGGACGGCAGAAGAAGGCACGGAAAAUUGAAUGA